AUGGCGGAGACUUUCGCAUUCAAUGCAGACAUCCAACAGCUGAUGAGUUUCUCGGCAGAUUCCCAGCAGGUAGACUUGCCGUCACGCAUCGUCGGCUUGAUCAUCAAUACCUUCUACUCCAACAAGGAGAUCUUCCUGCGAGAGCUCAUUUCGAAUGCCUCGGAUGCUCUGGACAAGAUUCGCUACGAAUCGAUCACGGAUCCAGACAAGAUCGAGGCGCAGCCCAACUUCUUCAUCAAAAUCAUCCCGGACAAGACCAAUUCGACUUUGACCAUCGAAGACUCCGGCAUCGGCAUGACCAAGAACGAACUGAUCAACAACCUCGGGACCAUCGCCAAGUCUGGCACCAAAGCCUUCAUGGAGGCCAUGGCGGCCGGCGGCGACAUCUCCAUGAUUGGCCAGCUUCUGGGAUGCAGCGAUUUUCAUGGACAGUUUGGCGUCGGCUUCUACAGCGCAUACCUCGUCUCGGACAAGGUCCGCGUCGUCAGCAAGCACAACGACGACGAGCAGUACAUCUGGGAGAGCGGCGCCGGCGGAUCCUUCACCGUGCAGAAGGACACCGAGCUGGUGCACGGCGAGAUCAAGCGAGGUACGAAGAUUAUCUGCUACCUCAAGGAAGACCAGUCCGAGUUCCUGGAGGAGCGACGCUUGAAGGACUUGGUGAAGAAGCACUCCGAGUUCAUCGGCUUCCCCAUCGAGCUGUACGUGGAGAAGUCCAAGGAGAAGGAGGUGACUGCCGCUUCGCAGCACAUCUACUGCUGCCCGCGGUGA